GUUUUUUACAUCAUGUUUUGCCAUGAGUUACCAUCGAACAUCUCAAUCAUCGUCUUCGAAACCGUAUAAUUGUAACACAUGUGGAAAAGGUUUUAUGACCAGGUACAAUCUGCAACGACAUUUUUUAUAUCAUUCACCUUCGAGGCCACAUAAAUGUAAAGAAUGUGGAAGAGGUUUCAAGGUCAAGAACGACUUGAAAGUGCACGAAAAACUUCAUUUCGUUCAAAAGUCGUAUUACUGUGACAUAUGUGGAAAGGGUUUUGUGAUCAAACAACGCUUGCAACAGCAUAUCUUGUAUCAUUCGUCAUUGAGGCCGUAUAAAUGUAAAAAAUGCGAAAAAACUUUCAAGACCAAAGUCGACUUGCAAGUGCAUGGAAAGUAUCAUUCGUUUUCAAAAAUGUACAAUUGCGACAAAUGUAAAAAAGGUUUCAUGACCAAGUACAAUCUAAAACGGCAUUUUUUAUAUCAUCAUUCGGUUUUGAGACCGUAUAAAUGUAAAGUGUGCGGAAAAGGUUGCAAAACAAAGCACGAUUUGCAAGUACAUGAGAGAACUCACUUAUCCUCGUAUGUCUGUGACAAAUGUGGAAAAGAGUGCAAGAACAAGACUGGUUUACAAAUGCACGAAAGAAGUCAUUUACCUUCGAGCACAUACGUCUGCAACAAAUGUGGAAAAGGAUGCAGGACCAAGGACGAAUUGCGACUGCACAAAAGAGUUCAUCCGCUCGCAAACUUGUACACCUGCGACGAAUGUAAAGACUGUUUUGUGACGAAAAAACGCUUGCGAAACCAUUUAGUAUUUUGGCACUCGUCGCCGAGAACGUACAAAUGUCGAAUAUGCGUUAAAAUGUUUAGAAUCGAGCAAGCUCUGAAAAAUCAUGAAAAAAGUCAUUUAACAAAGGUUUAUCAUUGUGAAAUAUGUGGAAAAAAUUGCAGGACCAAAAUGGGCUUACUGAUGCAUGAGAGAAAACAUUUACUUUCGAAGCCACAUAAAUGUGACAAAUGUGAGAAAAGUUUUGUAACCGCGUACCAAUUGCAACAGCAUUCAGUAAGUCAUUCUUCUUUAAAACCGCAUAUAUGCGACAAAUGUGGGAGAACUUUUAAAAGAUAUUGCAGUCUGCAACUACACACGAGAACUCACUUAGCUUCGAAAAUAGAUAAGUGCAACAAGUGUAAAGGAGAUUGUAAAUGCAAAGAUAAUCAAAAUGAUAAAACCGCCGAAAAUGAAAUUUAUUAUUGCAUAAGAAGUAAACCGUUUGUAUAUCCUACAACGAUUGCUCGGUUAAUCGAGGAGAAAGUGUGACGUACUUUAGUAUUCAUAUAAAAUCCAACAUUUGUGGAAAAAAAUUUCAUACAGCAAAUAUAAAGUGGAUGAACAUUCGUGUCUGUGACUAUUGCAAUCGAUCUGACAAGCACGAAUCUGAUAUGAAAGAACAUACUAAAAAUAAAAUUUAUACAAACGAAUGUUAAAGUACAAUUUAUUUUCAGAAUUGUAAUCUAUUUUCCAAUUCACGAUUUUUGGAUAUCUUAUAAGAAAAUUUAUUCAUCAAGUAUAAAUGUGAUGUAUAAAUAGAACGAAAUGUAUAAAUGUGUAAGUGUAUUCAUGUGUAAAUGUUAAAUGUAUCAUAUCAAAUAAUUCGAAAAAUGUGGUUUCGAGAAAUGUGUUAAAAAUGGCCUUGUAUAUCUGCGCGUCGCUUCCAUUUAUGAUCUGUAACUCCGCGAUAAUGUUUCGAAUUAACAUUAAAAAUUACAUCAGUAAUUUGCAAAGAUUAUUUGCAAUUUGAGGAUGUAUAAAUAGCACUUAAUUUUUUUAUAUUAUUUAUUACGUACAUUUUGUAAUUUUAAACUUUACUUCAUACAUCAGGAAAUUAAUUAUUGUUAAUAACUGGAUAUAAAUCAGUAUUUCGCAUUACUACAAGUAUUUUGAAUUUUGCAGACAUAUAUUUAUAUACACAAAAUAUAUUUUUCCUUCUCUGUAACACAUAAAAUCAAUAAUUCUUACAAAUAGAGAGAAGCGACGUAUAAUUUAAGUUUAAGUCAACAUGUAAUCAACUUGAUUAAAAAGUCAAUAUAUAUGAUAAGAAUAAAAAUAAAGACGACAUUAUUGAUAUACGAAACAUUUUGUGAUUCAUAUGUGUAAUUAAUGUUGUUAAAGAACUAUACAAAUAUUUUGAAUUACACAGCCAAACCCAAUAAUUGUGAUCUCGACUCACGAGCCAACCAAAAUUAUUUUCACAAAUACUUUCAAAAAUAUACUUGUAUCGUGAAUCUUACGUAAAGUAAGAUUCGUUAAGACGUAUGUGUAUAAAUAGCUGCCGAAAGUACUACUAUAUAUGCAUACUGUUUUACACGCAAUAAAUUAAAUUAAAAUAAUAAACUAGCGUUUUUUAUUUUCUUUUAAAUAAAAACCCCACGAUUAAAUUAUAGUCUUAAUAUUUUCUUCUCUAAUGAAAUAUAAUAGUCAAAUGCUAAAAACGCUCAAAAAUGUACUUAUCAAAAUCUUUAAUUUUUUAAAAAAUAUUGCUAUUACACACACAUACACAUACAUACAUACAUACAUACACGCACACGAUGUUUUGAUUAUAUCAAAACAAGUUAUAUGUUAGCUUCAUAGAUUGUCCAGAUUUACUGUAGCAAAUUUCUGGCAUACUGUUUUAUAAACAUUAUACGAGACAAAGUUGAACAAUUUAAUACUAAUUGAGCCUUAAAACUCUUUUUCGAUUGAUACUAAGUUAAGGAGAAUAUAUGUCAAUGUGUGAUUUACGUUGUUUAUCUGUUUUAUAUAUAGUUUUUUAAAUAUUUUUAGAUAUUUUUUUUGUAAAAGAUCAUGCGAUUGAUACUAACCACAUAUUACACUGGUGAACAUGAAAUUCUCCUCUGUUAAAGAUUGAAGGUGUUUCUUAUAGAUUCUUGAUGCGUAUCAGAAUCCGUAAGAAUCACCUGUUUUUCAUUAAGCUGGCGAACAAAAGUGUUUCGAAUUUGUUCCUCAGUGUUAUUUGUUUGUGUGUAAAGUAUUGCACUAAAAACACUCUUUUCUCGUAACAUAAUAAAAUUACUUAGAUCUUUUGAAAUAGCCACUUCUAGACAAUGGCAGUUUAUAUUAAUUAAUGACGUGCUAGUGUAAAUGUGAGAACGUUGUUUUACAUAUACAUAUAAUAUAUAUAUAUAACAAUAAAUAAGUGAUGUGUUGAGAUUUUAUUUAACACUAUUAGAUUUAUAAAGCAUGUAUAUAUAUAUAUAUAUAUAUAUAUAUAUAUUGGAAGUUCUAGCGUAAUUCUUUCACAAAUAUUUACUUGUUCAUCUGUUUUAUUGUACAUAUAUUAACUUGGCACUUGUAUAUAGCUAUAGGUAAGAAAAUAAAAUUAACUAUAUUUGUAACGGAUGUACGGAGGAGAGGGAGAGAGAAUCUGGGCUUUACUUUUGUAUAUGCACAAAUUCUGCGUGAAAAAGCAUUUGUUUGUUAGAUAGUUAGCAUCUUAUUACUGCCGAUGAUUUCGUCUCUUUUGACGAAAGUGACGUGAAGUAAAAUAUAUAUAUAGGCCGUAGAGUUACUGGCUCGAACCAGUGCAGCGAUUUUAAUGCAGUACUUCACAUAAAAGAUUUUUUUUGUUGUUUCGCAAGCGUGAUAUGCAUCCUUUUAAUUUCUUAACGCUAUUAACACUUUGACUCGAAAAUUGUUGAAUGUUCUUCUUUGCAAACAAACGUUUUUGUUUUACAAUAUUACGAUAAUGCGAUUGUUUGCGAUUUUAUUCUGACGUAUCAUUGCAAACAGAGUGUGAUCAAUAAUAGUUUGUCGAAAAUGCAUUUCGAUAAUCAGAAAAAUUAAAACUAAAUUAGAAUUAAAUGCGACGACACGAGGCAAGUGAUACAUUUUGCGCUACAGUCAAUGUGUUAAAAGCGUUAAAACUCGUUAGUCAAAGCACAUUAUUUAUAUGUUAAGAGUAUAAGAAUUCUCCUUACAAUAUUUGUAUAUAUUUUGUUUAAAAGAUCAGCAUGU